AUGAAAGUACUCGUACUGGGUUCAACCGGGAACCUCGGGUCCCGCGUCCUGUCUGCGCUACUGGCGAGAGAGCAUUCAGUGGUAGCUUUCUUGCGAGACCCUUCCAAGCUACCUCCCAGUAUUGUACCCAAGCUCACGGCGGUGGAACGCGGGGACGCGAAAAAGGCCAGCGACAUCAAGGUCGCCGCAAGCAAGCACCAAUGCGAUGCGAUCGUGAAUACGGCCGGACUCGCUGCGAUGGCACCCUGGGGAAAGAGUGAUCUCCCGACCAUCGUCGAUGCAGUCAUUGCAGCUGCGUUGGAAAUCGGACAGGAGCGCCAAAGUCCGCUGCGUGUGUGGUUCUUGGGUGGAUUGGGACUCUUGGAUCAACCGCAGACGAAAUACUUGCUCGUAGACUACGUGCGCAUGUUCCCGGAACAUCGCAGUACAUGGGCAAAGUUGAAGGCCUUGCCUCCUUCCAGCAUGGAGUGGUCCAUUCUGUGCCCGAGUAUGAUGACUCCUCGAAGCAAGGAUAGUUAUCCGCUUGCGAGCGGGUCUUCAUCGAAGAAUAUCGUUGUAUCGGCAGGUGCACCUCCUCAGUGGUCGCCACGAUUUUUUAGCAUGCCACUUGUUGGAGGAUGGUUGAACGUCAUAAGCCAGAUCGGCGCGUUCAACACUACCCUCGAAGACAAUGCCGACUUCAUCGCGCAGGAUCUGUCAGAUGGAAAUAAUAGCGAGUGGAUUUAUCAGAGGGUUGGAACCAGGACGAAGACAGAGUGA